CGCCUUAGCCCGCUCGACUUUCAAUGCGCGUUGUUGCUUGAGGAAGCUGAGUCCUGAACACCGUCCGCUGUUUCCCUGAUCAUGGCUUCUCCAAGUUCGUUCACCUACUAUUGCCCCCCAUCCUCCUCCCCGAUCUGGUCGGAGCCACUGUACAGUUUGAGGCCGGAGCACGCGCGGGAGCGGUUGCAGGACGACUCAGUGGAAACAGUCACGUCCAUAGAACAGGCAAAAGUAGAAGAAAAGAUCCAAGAGGUCUUCAGUUCUUACAAGUUCAACCACCUUGUACCAAGGCUCAUUUUGCAGAGGGAGAAGCACUUCCAUUAUCUGAAAAGAGGCCUUCGACAGCUGACAGAUGCCUAUGAGUGUCUGGAUGCCAGCCGCCCAUGGCUCUGUUAUUGGAUCCUGCACAGCUUGGAACUACUAGAUGAACCUAUCCCCCAAAUGGUGGCUGUGGAUGUGUGCCAGUUCCUGGAGCUGUGUCAAAGCCCAGAAGGUGGCUUUGGAGGGGGCCCCGGGCAGUACCCACACCUUGCACCCACGUAUGCAGCAGUCAAUGCGCUGUGCAUCAUUGGCACUGAGGAGGCCUACGGCGUCAUUAACAGAGACAAACUUCUUCAGUAUUUGUACUCCCUGAAGCAACCUGAUGGCUCUUUCCUCAUGCACGUUGGAGGUGAGGUGGAUGUGAGAAGUGCGUACUGUGCUGCCUCGGUAGCCUCUCUGACCAACAUCAUCACUCCUGACCUUUUUGAGGGCACCGCUGAAUGGAUAGCAAGGUGUCAGAAUUGGGAAGGUGGAAUUGGCGGGGUGCCAGGGAUGGAAGCCCAUGGUGGCUAUACUUUCUGUGGCCUGGCUGCACUGGUAAUCCUCAAGAAGGAACGUUCCUUGAACUUGAAGAACUUAUUACAAUGGGUGACGAGCCGGCAGAUGCGAUUUGAAGGUGGAUUUCAGGGCCGCUGCAACAAGCUGGUGGAUGGCUGCUACUCCUUCUGGCAGGCAGGGCUUCUACCCCUGCUCCACCGAGCGCUGCACUCUCAAGGUGACCCUGCUCUCAGUAUGAGCCACUGGAUGUUUCAUCAGCAGGCCCUGCAGGAGUACAUUCUCAUGUGCUGCCAGUGUCCCGCUGGGGGGCUUCUGGAUAAACCUGGCAAGUCACGAGACUUCUACCACACCUGCUAUUGCUUGAGCGGUUUGUCCAUAGCCCAGCACUUUGGCAGUGGAGCCAUGUUGCAUGAUGUGGUCCUGGGUGUGCCUGAAAAUACUCUGCAGCCCACUCACCCUGUGUACAACAUUGGACCAGAUAAGGUGAUCCAGGCCACCAUGCACUUUCUGCAGAAGCCGGUCCCAGGCUUCGAGGAGCGGAACGAGGCAGUAGCAGAGCCCACCACUGAGUAGAAGACAUGGGAUCCCCAUGGUUCUGUGCUCACCCAACAUCUCGGUCACACCAAGAUUUAUACGUUUCAAUAUAUCGUACAUUCUGUGCUAUACAAGCCUUAGCCACAGUGGAUCCAUGGUUCUCUUUUUCCUUUCUUUUCAAACAACCAAACCAAUGGCUCUGGAUUUGGAGAACACUGCGGCAUGGUUUUUAACUCUUUCCACACCCAUCAAACCAAAAAUCAGCCUAUGUGGCACCUAAAGCAGCUCUGACCUGACCAGAGUGUGUUUGGAGAACAGUGCAUGCUGAGAGCCACCCCCCUCCCCACCAGCCAGCCUGGACAGUCGUAUCCCAAUGAAUGAUGCCGAUGAGUAUUACAGCGUCCAGAGCCACCACUGCGAUUCCUACUUGCAUGCCAACACUACAUUACCAGGCAAGGUGCCCUCCCAGGGGCUGGGAACAAGUCCUGUCAAGAUGAAUUCUCCAGAAAAAAACUUGGUGGGGCUCCACUGGGAAACACCCAAGCCCUUCUGCAUUUCUUAGUUGCCUCUCACCUCCUAACCUGGUCCUUUGCAAGGGAAGGGAGCUGGGGGAGAAAUAUCUACAUGAGUUUUGCGUUCCUCCCCCUCAACGCUGGAGAGCAGAGCCAUGCUGCUCUCCAAGGCCAACCUCAUGCACUGGCAAGAUGAUCAUCGGCCCUGGGUGUGGUGAAGUAGACCUGGGGAACCAAUUAUGAGUGGAAAUGAACCUCUAGUUCAACUCUGCGCAAGAAGCAGCAGCCCCCUGUGCCACCCCCACCCAUCAUGUACCGUGAAAAACCCCUCAAGGCAGUGCCCACAGCCCGUGACCAUUGUUUGUUUCCAUCUUUCUUCCACCAGACCCCCAGCCCACCCUCCUCAAAAGUAGUGUUGUCUUUUCUUACCUGAAGUGUUAACACUGCUUAGUCUCUCACCCUAAUUUCUGACUCAGGAUUUGUGCACGUCCUGCCCACUAUUGGCUCACAGAAAUACGAUCAAGCGCAAAACAAGCUGACUGCUACGAAGGCAGUUAGCCUUGUAAAACUGGUUGUGGCAGGGGUGAGUGCUGAGUGAUGCCAGCUCUGCUGCCUGCCCAUAUUGAGCCCCUUCUGGGUCAGUGGGGUGUCUGGUUGGGUCAUCCGUCCACUGCUGCAGUCACAGAGAGCUCCAUGUCACUGACCUGGCUUUCAUGCAAGCAGCAGUGGGCUGUGGGCAAACGGGAGCUAAGAGAUGCAGCAUGAAGCUCUUCUCAAAAACUGGCCAUUUGCUGCCUCUGUUCCCUAUUGUUUUGGCGUAUUGGGCUAUGUAUUACCUCCUUGAAUAAUAAAAGAAUAACAUUUUCUAUGCUU